UUUCUGUUGUUUGUGGCUAUGUUUUGGGGAGGUUUACAGCUCUGGAGAAAGAAGAAGGAGACAUGAGAAGGAGGAGACUCACCAGACACAACUGUUUUACUCUGGGGGUGGAGGGAAAUAGGGGGCACAAAGGAGCAGCAAUUACUGAGCUAACGAAGUAUUUUAGGUAAUAUAUCUUCUGGAAAGAAAGGAAAAUGUGAAAAGUCUGGACCUAUGUUUUAAAAUGUUUUCUGUGAUUUCAGGCUUUCUUUUUGACUCGUUUUGAGCUGGAAUUCUCAUCCAUUUCAUAACGGCUCUAACGUGUUCAAACUAAUCUGACAGAGACUUGCCCAUAAGAGGUCAUGCAAUUGAACAGAGUAACUUUCAUUUCCUCCAUAUUUCUGCUCUCUCCAUGCCCUUUCCUUUCUAGCAGAGAGCAAACCUUCUGUACCAUGUGUUCUCAAUCUCUGCGUACAGAGCCACCUGGAUAAUGAAAACAGAAAUCUACUAUUUUACAGCUCAGAAAUCAUCAAAAGAGGAUCCCGUCAAAAAGGUGAAGUCAAUUGCCAAGAACAUGCUUGAUGGCUUUUUUGAUGAAUUCAUAGAGAAGAAUGUGUUAAAUGGAGAAGAAUUACAGAGACUGGGGGGAGACAUUAAUGUCAUCGUGAAUAGGACUGAAAACCUUGUUGAAGAUAUCACUGAGAAAACCCAGAAGGCGGGCAAAAUAUUUAUGGACCGCCUCUUCAACCCCAAGAAACAGCUGAGAUUAAAAUAUGAAGAUGAAAAUGAAGAUAAUGAACGUGAGGAAAAAGCUGGGUCAGCCCAGGCAUUGGCUCUCCCUCCAGCAGAAUUCCAAAAUGAAAUUGAAGAUGAUGAAACUGUGGAGAAUGGUGAUUUGGCCCAGGCAUCAUUUUUACCUCUGACAGCUCCUCCAGAAACCAAUGAUGAAUUGAUGCUUUGCCCUCCUCAUUAUUUCCAAAAAGUGAAGACAAAAAGGGGAAAUGAGAUAUAUCCAGUGAUGGAGAAGGCAGGCCGAACACGCCUGGCCCUCAUCAUCUGCAACAAAGAAUUUGACCAUCUUUCUACUCGGGACGGUGCUGAAAUUGACAUUUUGGGAAUGCAGGACGUGCUGGAAAACCUUGGAUACUUAGUGGUUGUAAAAAAGAAUCUCUCAGCUCAGGAAAUGGAAGAAGAGCUAAGGCAGUUUGCUGCCCGCCCAGAGCACAAGUCCUCAGACAGCACAUUUCUGGUAUUUAUGUCACACGGCAUCCUAGAUGGACUCUGUGGGAAGAAGCACAGUUCACAACAGCCAGAUAUUCUGAAAGAUGAUACUAUCUUUCGAAUUUUCAACAACAGCAACUGCAAGAACCUCAAAGACAAGCCCAAAAUCAUCAUCAUGCAAGCCUGCCGAGGUGAAGGUGAUGGGAUUGUUUGGAUGACUGACAUGGGAGAAGCAUCUACACACAGUUUCCAGCCCUCACAAUGCAACAUCCAGAAUGAUGCAAUUACAAAGGCCCACGUGGAGAAGGACUUCAUUGCUUUCAAAGCGUCGACCCCACAUAAUGUUUCUUGGAGGCUUGACACAAAUGGCUCUCUCUUCAUUUCUCAACUUGUCAACUGCUUCAAGAAGUAUUCUUGUUAUUAUCAUUUGGAGGAAGUUUUUAGAAAGGUUCAACAUUCAUUUGAAACACCAAAUGAAAUGACCCAGAUGCCUACCAUUGAAAGAGUAUCCAUGACAAGAUAUUUCUACCUCUUCCCUGGGAAUUAAAACUCGUAAGAGGCAUCUCAGUUAUGUGAAUUCACAAAAUAGGUUUGGGGACUCCCUGAGCAACGUAAAGACUAAUAAGUUGGCGAACGAUAGCUGUCAAUUGCCCACUAGUUACAGGGCUCAUGUUAUCUGCCGUUGUCUCAAUGGUCUUCUGUGAAACUCUGGUUUUAUUUGACUUUGACCAUAAUGUAAUGGUUGUGUAAGAAAUGGUAAGUCCAAUGUUGGCCAGCUAGAAACACGUUAGUCAUAAUCUCUCUCAAGCGCUGUUCAGUCAGUGGAAGCUAUUCGGUUCUGAUGCGUGCACAAAAAUCUGGUCACCUGCAAUAAUCAGAAAGGCUAUGUAGAGCUGAUGUUCAGCCUCUUUACCAAGUCAGUUUUGCUGAGCCACAUACUUUCUGUUCCAAGUAUAAAUACUUUCCAAAUAUAAAUACUUUUACAAUUUUGGAUAAAUGAUUGUCAAAAAUUUCUGCUAAAUUAUAGACAUAGAAGAAAUCUAAGGUAAUGACUGAUAGGUAGAAUAAUGUUCUCUUUUAAACUGUUACUAAUCUAAUAGGUGAAAAAUUAUCAAUGUCAUUGGCAUAUCUUUUUGUUAUUAAAGUCAUUAGAUUUUUUAAACAUCUUCAUUAGCUACAUUCUUUUCCUUUAGUUAAUUAUUCUAAUUAUUCUUCUUUUUUAUUUCAAGAGUUUUUAUGUUUUUCUUAUCAGUUUAAGUCCUUUGUAUGUAAACAAUCAUAUUAGCUCAUAAUCAUAAGCUUGGGAACAUUUUUUAGUUAGUCGUUUGAUAUUUAAUUCUGUGUGUGUCAUUCAGUGACAUACGUGCCUUACAAGUCAAUUCUGACUCAUGAUGAGCUCAUGUGUGUAAGAGUACAACUGUGCACCACAGGAUUUUCAAUAGCUGAUUUUUGGAACUAGAUCACCAGGCCUUUCUUCCAAGCAGCAUCUGGGUAAAUUUGAAGUUUGACCUUUUGGUUAGCAGCCAAGUACACUAACCAUUUGCACUACCCAGAGUCUCCCAGUGACAUGGAGAAUUUUCGAAUUUUCAGUAAUAGAAUUAAUGUGAAUUCCAUAUGUACUGGCUUCUAUUUCUUAAAGCUUAAAAAUUGUAUUACUCUACCUGUAUUUUUCUAUAACUGUCUUUUUUAAAUCUUUCUCUAAUGUUGUGUAUCCUAUUUAGUAUGAAUGGUGGAAUGAAACUCUUAUUAAUUUUUUUCAAAGAAUUAUCUGUUGUCAAGGAAACACUAAUUUAACUGUACCUUUUUCUUCUUACUAACUAUAACUUGGUUUUUAAUAUUAAUUGAGAAUGUGCUAUGGGCUAUGUGUUUGGAGGAUAUGAAAGAAAGAUCCUGACUUUGGUACCUACUUCAGGGAAUCCUGUGAAUGCAAGUGAUUGAACCUCACUCAAACAGGCUUCAAAAGAAAAAACCAAAAUCUUUGUGUGUGGAUAUAAGAGAUAAUCUAAUCUGAUAUUCCUCCACAUAGGAAAAUAAAGAUAGCCAAGCUGCUGGAGACCUGGUGUAGAAAGUAGUAAGUCAGGAAAUAGUUCUCUCUGAUUAAUAUCUCCAAUGAGUCCUAAUUUUAAAUCUUACAGUCGUAUCUUGCUAAUCGUAACAUUUUAAAUAAAUUAUUUAAUUUUUCUGACACCAAUAUCUAGGAAUGAAAAUGUGUACACUAACACCUGACUUAUAUGGAACACAUAUGAUAUGUAAAUGGAAAAGUUUCAAACUGGAGACACUCAUGUCAGACUAAGAAUGACGGGACCAACAUGCAUUCUCAGGAACCAAAAAGGUCAGGAUGUAAGCCAUUUAGGAAGAACAUGUCAAGCUGUAAACCAUUGUUCUCAGGAAGAAUGUGCUCAUAACUAACCAAACUGGUCAGGAUAUAAACCAUUUGGGAAGAAUGUGUGAACAGUUUGCUCCCAGAACCAACUACAAUUGUGAAUAACUGACAGCACUACUACAACCAAGUAUAACCUAAUCGGCUGGCAUCUCACACCCAAGUGGUAACUCACUCCUCCCUAAAAGUCAUCAACCUUUACAUUUCAAAGGACUUCAAGCUGAAGCUGAUCUUAUUUACAAGCAAUUAUUAACCCUCUGCCUUUCCUUCUAUGCUUGAACUGUGGAACACUUUGCCUUUCUACCUAGUGCUGCCCACCUAUCGCUGUUCUAUUCCUCAAUAAAACUCUUUCUCAUUCACUCCUAACAGAGUAUGAUAUUUUCUUCAGUGACAGAAAAUAAGUGCAUAAAUUGCCUCUCUAGUGCACUGCCUCAUACACAAUAGGUAUUUUUUUUUUAUUGAACUUUAGAUGAAGUUUUACAGAAUAAAUGAGUUUCUCAUCAAAUGGUACACGUUUUAUGACAUUGUUUAACAACCCCAUGACAUGUCACUCCCUCCUCUCAACCCUGAGUUCCCCAUUACCAGCUGUCCUGUUCCCUCCUACCUUCCAGUCCCUGCCCCAGGGCUGGUGUGCCACUUUAGUCUUGCUUUGUUCCAUGGGCUGAAGGGUGAAACUCAGGAGAGGCCUCAUUACUAAGCUGAAAGGGUGUCCGGGGGGCAUACUCUCGGGGUUUCUCCAGACUCUGUCAGGCCAGCAAGUCUGGGCUUUCUUUUGAAUUGGAAAUUUGUUCUACAUUUUUUCCAGCUCUGUCUGGGACCCUCUAUUGUGAUCCCUAUCAGAGCAGUCAGUGGCGGUAGCUGGGCUCCAUCUAGUUGUACUGGACUCAGUCUGGUGGAGGCCAUGGUAGAUAUGGUCCAUUAGUCCUUUGGACUAAUCUUUCCCUUGUGUCUUUAGUUUUCUUCAUUCUUCCUUGCUCCCAAAUGGGUGAGACCAGUGGAGUAUCCUAGAUGGCCGCUCACAGGCUUUUAAGACCCCAGACGCUACACACCAAAGUAGAAUGUAGAACAUAUUCUUUACAAACUCUGUUAUGCCAAUUGAGCUAGAUGUUCCCUGAAACCAUGGUCCUCACAGCACUCACCCCAGCAAUUCCAUCCCUCAGGAGUUUGGAUGUGUCAAUGAGCUACCAUGUCCUUGCCUUGUACAGGUUGUGCUAGCAUCCCAGUACUGUGUACUGUCUUACCCUUCACCAAAGUUACCAAUUCCCUAUUGUCUGCUAAGUUUUUUUUUCCAUCCCUACCCCUCCCCUCCCUCGUAACCAUCAAAUAUUGUUUCUUUUUUGUAUGUAAACCUUUUCAAGAGUUUUUACAAUAGUGGUCUCAUACAAUAUUUGUCCUCUUGUGACUGACUUAUUUCAGUCAGCAUAAUACCCUCCAAAUGCAUCCAUGUAAUGAGAUGCUUCACAGAUUCAUUGCUGUUCUUUAGAUGUUGCAUAAUACUCCACUGUGUGUAUGUACCACAGUUUGUUUAUCCAUUCUUCAGUUGGUAGGCAUCUAGGCUGUUUCCAUCUUUUUGCUAUUGUGAACAAUGUUGCAAUGAACAUGGGUGUGCAUAUAUCUAUUCACGUGAUGACUCUUAUUUCUCUAGGAUAUAGUCCUAGUAGUGGAAUUGGUGGAUCAAAUGGUAUUUCUAUUUCUAGCUUUCUAAGGAAGCUCCAUAUCGUUUUCCAAAAAGGUUGUGUCAUUUUGCAUUCCCACCAGCAGUGCAUAAGAGUUCUGAUCUCCCCGCACCUCUCCAACAUUUGUUGUCUCUGUUUUAUUGAUUCGUGCCAGUAAUACUGGGUUAGAUGGUAUCACACCGUGGUUUUCAUUUGCAUUUCUGUGAUGGCCAGAGAUCCUGAGCAUUUCCUCAUGUGUCUGUUGGCUGCUUGAAUGUCUUCUUUGAUGAAGUGUCUGUUCAUUUCCUUUGCCCAUUUUUUAAUUGGAUUGUCUUUUUUGUUGUAAGGGUGUUGGAUUACCUUGUAGAUUUUAGAGAUUAGACCUUUGAAUUGUAAUAGCCAAUUUUUUUUUUUUUUUUCCCGAGCCUGUAGGUUCUCUUUUUACUCUUUUGGUGAAGUCUUUUGAUGAGCAUAAGUGUUUAAUUUUUAGAAGAGCCCAGUUAUCUAGCUUAUACUCUGGAGCUUGUGUAUUGUUGGUUGUGGUUUGUAUCCUGUUUGUGCCAUGUAUUAGGGCCUGUCAUGUUGAUCAUAUUUUUUCUUCUAUGAAUUCAUGCUUUUUGGCUUUAUGUUUAGGUCUUUGAUUCACUUUGAGUUAGUUUUUGUAUAUGGUGUAAGGUACAGGUCCUGCUUCAUUUUUUUGCGGAUGGACGUCCAGUUUUGCCAGCACCAUUUGUUAAAAAGACUGUCUUUUCCCCAUUUGAUGGACUUCAGGCCCUUGUUGAAGAUCAGGUGACCAUAGGUGGAUGGAUAUACAUCUGGGUUCUCAAUUCUGUUCCAUUGGGCAUUGUAUCUAUCAUUAUACCAGGACCAGGUUGUUUUGACUACCAUAGCUAUAUAAGAGGUUCUGAGGUCAGGUAGUGUGAGUCUUCCUACUUUAUUCUUAUUCAUCAAUAGUGCUUUACUCAUCAUUGGCUUGUUCCCUUUCCAUAUAAAGUUAAUGAUAAGUUUUUCUAUCUCUAAAGAAUGUUGUUGGUAUUUAAUUGGUAUUGCAUUGUAUUUGUAAAUUGCUUUGGGUAGAAUUGUCAUUUUCGCAAUGUUAAGUCUACCUAUCCAUAAGCAUUGUAUGUUUUUCCAUAAAAAAAAAAAAAAUUUUUUUUUUUUUUUUAUAGAUCUCUUGUGGUUUCUUGCAGUAGUGUUUUGUAGUUUUCUUUGUAUAGGUCUUUUACAUCCCUGGUUAGAUUUAUUCCCAAGUAUUGUAUUUUUUUAGGGGCUUUUUUUUUUUAUUAUAGAUAGUAUUGUUUUCCUGAUUUCCUUUUCAUCAUUCUCUUUAUUGGUGUAUAGGAAUCCAACUCACUUCUGUAUGUUUAUCUUGUAUCCUGCAGCUCUGCUGACUCUUUCUAUCAGUUUCAGUAGUUUUCUUGUGGAGUCGUUUGUAUUUUCUAAGUAUAGUAUCAUAUCAUCUGCAAAUAGAGACAGUUUAACUUCUUCAUUACCAAUUUGGAAGCCCAUUAUUUCUGUUUUUUGCUUUGUUGCUGUAGCUAAGACUUCCAUCACAAUGUUAAAUAGGAGAGGAUGACAAAAGGCAUUCUUGUCUUGUUCCUGUUCUCAAGGGGAUUUUUUUCUGCCUCUUUCCAUUGAGAAUGAUGUUGGCCUUUGGUUUUGCAUAGCUGCCCUUUAUUUUUUUUUUGAGAAAUUUCCCUACUAUACCUAUUUUAUUGAGAGUUUUUAUCAGGAAUGGGUGUUGGACUUUGUUAAAUGCUUUUCCUGUGUCAAUUGAGAUGAUCAUGUGAUUCUUUUCCUUACCUUUUUUUAUGUGGUGAAUUACGUUGAUUGGAUUUCUAAUGUUGAACCAUCCUUGCAUACCUCGUAUGAAUCCUGCUUGGUCAUGGUGUAUUAUCUUUUUGAUGUGAAACUGAAUUAUAUUGGCUAGAAGUUUGUUGAGAAUUUUUGCAUCUAUAUUCAUGAGAGAUAUUGGUCUGUAAUUUUCUUUUUUUGUGGUGUCUUUGCCUGGUUUUGGUAUCAGGGUUAUGCUGGCUUCAUAGAAUGAAUUUGGAAGUAUCACUUCCUUUUCUAUAUUCUGCAAUGGUUUGAGUAGUACUCCUCUCUGAAUGUUUGGUAGAGUUCUCUAGUAAAGCCAUCUGGGCCAGGGCUUUUUUUUGUUGGGAGUUUUUUUAUUAUUAUUAUUAUUACCUUGUCAGUCUCUUCUCUUGUUAUGGGUCUGUUCAGAUUUUCAACAUCAUUUUGUGUUUGGGUAAGUCAUGUGUUUCUAGAAAUUUUUCCAUUUCCUCUAAGUUUUCAAAUUUGUUGGAGAAUAGUUUUCCAUAAUACUCUGUUUAUUUCAGUUGUGUCUGUUGUAAUGCCCCCCAUUUCAUUUCUUAUUUGGGUUAUUUGUGUUCUCUCCUGUUUUUCUUUUGUCAGUUUGGCCAGUGAUUUUUUGAUCCUUUCAAAGAACCAACUUUUCAUUUUGUUGAUUCUUUCUAUCAUUUUUUAAUUCUCUAUUUAUUUCUGCUCUGAUCUUUAUUAUUUCCUUUCUUCUAAAGGUUUUCCGUGGGCUUCUUUUGCUGUUCUCUCUAUUUGCUCAAGUUGUGUAACUAAUGUUUUGAUUUUGUCCAUUUCUUCUUUUUUGAUGUGUGCAUCUAGUGCUAUAAGUUGACCUCUAAGGAGUGCCUUUGCUGUGUCCCAAAGGUUUUGGUAUGAUGUAUUUUCAUUCUUUUUUGAUUCCAACUUUGAUUUCUUCUGUUACCCAGUGAUUUUUAAGCAGGAUGUUAUUCAGUUUCCAUGAAAUUGAUUUUCUUUCCCUUACUUUUCCUGUUGUUAAUUUUUACUUUGAUGGCAUUGUGGUCAGAGAAGAUACUUUGUAUUAUCUCAAUGUUUUGGAUUUUGUUGAGGGGUUGCUCUUGGCCUAAGAUGUGGUCUAUUCUGGAGAAUAUUCCAUGUGUGUUGGAAAAGAAUGUGUACUUUGCAGGUGUUGCGUGGAGUGUUUAUAUAUAUAUAUAUAUAUGAGGUCAAGUUGGCUGCUUGUGCUCUUUAGCUCUUCUGCAUUUUUGUUGAGUUUCUUUCUAGAUGCUCUGUCCUUUACCGAGAGUGGUGUGUUGAAGUAUCUUACUAUUAUUGUGGAACUGUCAAUUUCUCUCUUCAGUGCUGUUAGAGUUUGUUUUAUGUAAUUUGGAGCAAUGUCAAUGGGUGCGUAGAUGUUUAUUAUGGAUAAGUCUUCACGCUGGAUCAUCCCAUUAAUCAUUAUAUAGUGCCCUUCUUUGUCUUUAAUAGUGGAUUUUGUUUUAAAGUCUAUCUUAUCUGAAAUUAGUAUUGCCACUCCUGCUCUCUUUGGUAGUUAUUUGCUUGAUAUGUUUUUUUCCAUCCUUUGAUUUUUAUUAAAUUGAAACUCUUUGUUUCUCAGGUAUGUCUCUUGUAGGAAGCAUAUUGAUCGAUACUGUUUUUUCCAUCCAUUCUGUCACUCUCUGUCUCUUUAUGGGUGCAAAUUGACGGCACUGGGUACUGGGUUUAGGUUAGGCCGUUUACAUUCAGUGUAACCAUGGACAGUUGUAAGUUUAUUGCCGUCUUUUUGUGGUGCUAACAUUUUCUUUGCUCCUCUUACUCUCCUGUGCUGAGUUUCUUUUGUUUGUGGAUUUCUUUUUUUCUUUUGUUUUCGUAGAUUUUGUUUUUAUUGAUACUUUAUGUUUUACUUCUUUAUUUUGACAAGUGGGUUUGUUUACUUUCUUUGUGGUUACCUUUAAUUUUACCCUUAUCUUACUAGGUUUAAUGCAGUCUAUUAUUUCUUGGUAUCGCCUUGUCUUUCUCUCCAUUGCAAAAUUCUAUACCUAUACCAUUUAUUCCCUCUUUUAUUGUUCUGAUGCUGUUGUCAUUUACAGAUUAACCUCUCUGGUUCCCUGUUGCAAUUGUUUUGGUUUUGGAUAGUCCUUGAGAGUUUAUUUCCUAGGUUGGUAUCUGGCUGGUACAAUCCUGUGUCCUAGAUUCAGGCUGUGGUCUGAUGUUUGUUCUCAGACUGAAGGACUCCCUUUAAUAAUUCUUGUAAGUUUGGUUUGGUUUGUAUAUAUUCCCUUAAUUUCCAUUUAUCUGGAAAUGUCCCAAUUUCACUAUCAUAUCUGAAUGAAAGUUUUGCAGGAUAUAUUAUUCAUGGCCGGCAAUUUUUUUCUUUAAAAGUUUUAUAUAUGUCAUCCUUUGCCUUCUUGCCUGCAUGGUUUCUGCCAAAUAAUCAGAGCUUAGUCUUAUUGUUUCUCCUCUGAAUGUGACUUUUUGUUUUUCUCAAGCUUCUCUCACAAUUUUUUGUCUUUGGUUUUAGAGAGUGUGAUUAUGAUAUGCCUCGGUGUUUUUCUAUUGGAAUCUAUCCUAUAUGGCAUUAUUUGAGCUUCUUGGAUGGUCAGGUUCUCAUCAUUCAUGGUAUUAGGGAAGUUUUCUGUCAGCAAUUCUUCAAUGAUCCUCUCUGUGUUUUCUGUUUUCUCUCCCUGUUCUAGAACUCUGAUCGCUUGCAGAUUUUUGCACAUAAUUCUCAGGGUUUCUUCAUUUCUCUUCAUACUUUUUUCUGAUUUUUCCACAGAGUUGUAGUCAAGUGUUUGUCUUCAAUUUUGCUGUUUCUGUCUUCCAUCAUUUCAAACCUGCUUCUCAGCCCUUCUAUGGCACUGUCUGUUUCUGAAAUCUUGUUGUUUAUCUUUGGAUUUCUAGUUGUUUUUGAAUGAUUUCUAGCUGUGAAUGUAUUUUGGCAUUUUGUUCUUGUAUUAUUUUCCUGAAUUGUUCCAUGUUUUGGUCUGUAUUUUCCAUGAAUUUAUCUGCCUUUUCCAUAAAUUUGCCUAUUUUUUUACUAAUUUUUGUCUGCUUUUUUCUUCAACUCUUGGAUUGCUCUGAAUAUUAGGGAUUUGAAUUCCCUAUCAGGUAGUUCUAGGGCCUUUUCUUCUACUGGAAAGUCAUCUGGUAUUUUACUUUGGAUGCCUACUGGAACCACCCUGUCCUCUUUUUCUUAUAUGAUUUGAUAUUGUCUGCUCUCUUUGGACUAUUUAGUAGCUAUUUUCUUCAUUUCUUGAUUGUAGAUUUUUUUUUAUCAUGCUUUUUUGUUUCAUUUGGUUAUGUCUGAGUAGGCGGUCUGUGCAUUCUUUGUUGUUUGCUUGCUGUAGUCAUGGAACAUUUCACCUCCUUGUUCAAUGGGCUGGGCCAAUCAUUCAGCUGUGGUGCUGCUUGGCAGAUCCACCUGAAGAGGAAGGGCUGGGAUGGGUUGUUUGUGGCACACACUAGGGCCAAGAGGGCAGGCCAGGAAUCAGUGCUGGACAGGUUCCAGUAGGCCAUGCUUGUGCUGCUUGGAGGUAUGAUGGUCAGUGCACUGUGCCAGUAGGCAGGAAAGAGAAGAGGUUGUGAUGUGUAGAGCUAAUAGGGGUAUAGGAAAGAGGAGAGAGAAACAGAAGCCAAAAACAAACAAACAACCAAAGAAAAAAAAAAGAGUACUAAGGGAGCUUGCCAUUGGAGUGAUGGAUGAGAAACUGAGAAAUGGAGAAAAGCAAAAAGAAAAAAAAUAGAAAAAGUGAAAAGGAAAGAAAAAAUAACUUAAUGAAAAUUUGGAAAAGAAAAGCCCCAGGAGUUCCAGAGUCCCACCAGUGGAGCCGCUAAGACUGGGAAAGUGGCUCCCAAGCUGUGCAGUAUAGCCUGGCUAGCGGGGGUAUAGAUGUCACACAGCACCAGGUAUUCAGGAAAAGAGGAUAAGUGUGGAGAGACUAGAACUGAGAAAUGGAGAAAGAUAGAAAGGGAAAAAGAGAAGAAAAAAGGAAAGAAAUUAAGAAAGAAGGAAAAAAAAAAAAGAAAGAAA